GCCUGAUCCGGUGGGUGUGCGCUUUUUCUUUUACUGUAUUUAAGCUCUCACAUUUAGCAUCUGAUAGCAUUUUUCUGACAGCGCACCCACUGACACGAUGGCGACCAACAACGAGGCUCCUCUGGGCUCCACUGAGAACCCGAUCAAGUUCAAGGACCAGGACUUUGAAACUCUCCAGGCAGAGUGUCUGAAGUCCGGCGUGCUGUUCUCUGAUCCAACCUUUCCAGCGGAGCAGAAGUCCAUCGGAACACCGGAAGACCCGGACCCUAAAAAGGCUAUUCAAUGGAAGAGACCCAAGGAAAUCAGUAAGAACGCUGUGUUUGUCGAGGACACGACUGCAACCACUGAUAUCUGUCAGGGCCAACUUGGUAACUGCUGGCUGCUGGCUGCCCUGUCCUGUCUGACUGCGCACCCCUCGCUCUUUAUGAAGGUGGUGCCACCAAACCAAAGUCUGAGCGACCGUUACGCAGGGAUCUUCCAUUUCAAGUUCUGGCAGUAUGGUGAGUGGGUGGAGGUGGUUGUGGAUGACAGGCUGCCAGUACGCGAAGGCCGUCUGCUCUUCAGCUACUCUCGCACCCGCAAUGAGUUUUGGAGCGCCCUGGUGGAAAAGGCCUAUGCCAAGUUAAUCGGAUCUUACGGGAGCCUGAAGGGAGGCAACAUUUCAGAGGGGAUGGAGGACUUCACUGGAGGCAUCGCCCGCUCGCUGGAGAUCUCUUCUCGUACCCCUCGAGUCCUCUGGAGGUCCUUGGCUGCUGCUCUGUCGCGAGGGAGCCUGCUCAGCUGCUUCAUCCAGGCCAAGAGCGCCUCAGAUAUCGGCAAGGUGACAGGAGAGGGGCUGAUAAAGGGCCAUGCCUACGCCAUAACUGACGCUGACAAGUUGACAAAACCAUCAGAUGAGAUUUUGCUGCUGAGGCUGAGAAACCCCUGGGGUUUUAUCGAAUAUUGCGGACCCUGGAGUGACAAGGGGAAAGAGUGGGAGAACGUGGACCCGACAGAGAAGGAAAGGAUCGAGGUGAAAUGCGUUGAAGACGGAGAGUUCUGGAUCAGUGCCGAGGACUUCUCCAACCUCUUUGAUGUUGUGGAGCUUUGCAGCGUCAAUCCAGACUCUUAUGAUGAAGAAAGCACACUUGCCAGCUGGGCCAUCACCGAACACGAAGGCUGCUGGCUGCUGGGGAGUUCUGCUGGCGGUAGCCGCAAAUAUAACAAAACAUUCUGGAAAAAUCCCCAGUAUACGCUGGUCCUCAAAGAGAAGGACGAGAAUGAGGACGAGGACGAUGACGACGACGUGGGGGACGAUGGCGAGGAUGGCGAUGAUGAAAUGGAAGAUCCGACUGUGACCCCAGAUCCGAAGAAGAAAGCCGAGAAGCAGAAGCAGAAAGUCAAACGUUGCACGGUGCUGGUGGAGCUGCUGCAGAAAAACCGAAGGCAGAGGGAUAAACUCAACUUCCUGCACAUCGCCUUUCACAUCUAUAAGGUUCCUUCUGAGAACACUUGUCUGGACCGCAGCUUCUUUAUGAAGAAUCGCCCAGCGUGUCGUUCUGGGAAGUACAAAGCUCAAAGAGGUGUGUGGAGAAAGAUGCGCCUGGAUCCAGGUACUUACGUCAUUGUGGUAUCCACCUACCGACCCAACAUCCCUGGAGAGUUCUUCGUCCGCACUUUCUCCAAGAUCGGAAACACUCUCGAGACUCAAGACUUUGCCUGCACCUCCAGCUUCUCACAAGUGAUGACCGCUCCUGUCUCCUCAAAGGAUCAAGAGAGAGUGGAGAUGACUUUUGACAAGCAGGCUGGCCUAGAUGACAGGCUGAACGUCAAAGACAUCAUGAAGCUGUUCAACUCAGUUCUUGAGAAAGAUUACCAUCUGCCUUUGGAGACGUGCAGAGAGCUCAUCUUUGGAGAGGAUACUAAAGGGCGCUGCGCUCUCAGCCGUGAGCAAGCAGGAACCCUGCUGGCCAGUGUGCGCAAUCUGCAGUCCAUCUUUUCUCAGUUUGAUGAGGAUUCUUCUGGAAGCAUGAGCCGCUUUGAACUCAGCUCAGCACUGCAGGCUGUUGGAUUCCAGUGCGAUAACAAGGUGGUUGAGCUGCUGUCUGAGCGGUUCACAUCUGGAGAGCUGGACAUGCCCUUCCACGGCUUUUUGUCAUGUGUCACCAGGCUGCGCAAGCUUUUUGCUCUGUAUGAGUCUGAGACCAGCCAGGAGGUGAAAGACAGAAGGAUCAACUCUUGGCUGCUUCAGUUUCUGACAGUGUGACGGCGUUUCAUGAAAAGCUGUUCCACACGGACCCCGAUGAGCUACCGGAGAAAUAUGAGAGAAGCUGCUCUCGCUUGCUGUGCUGUUGUAUUCUUGCAUUCUUGCUUAACUGAGUAGUCCUACAAUUUGUAAUCAAAUCCAGUUAUGUUACUCCACAUGUAAUAAAAGCAGUUUUAGAACCGA